UAUAAUAACGUACUAAAAAAUGGCUUUUAUAUUAUAGAUCUGACAUUCCGUAACUCUCAAACUAUGCUUAUAGACUAAUAUAUUACAUAUAUUUUUAUAUCUUUACAUGUAGUAUAUUUAUAUAUUAGCUUAUUCGUUCAACGUAAUAUGCAUUGUUAUUAUACCAAGUCUCGAAGGCCAUGCAAAUUGACAAUAUUAUUGUAAAUUAAUUUAAUUCUACUAAGAGCCACUACUACACUGAGUUGAAGUGCUCACACAUCUCCGCCACGCUCACCAAGUUCACGCCAUUCUAUGUAAUAUUAUAUAGUACGAACUGUACCCCAUUUCCCAGACCAAUCUUCUUCACUUUCCCCAACUUCAAAGCCUUCCCUCAACACCCCAAUACCUCUACGAUCUUGCCACGUCAUCAUCUGAUUAUGGUCCCACUUGACGUGGCAGAUUGUAGGCUGCAGUCCUUGCCAACAUUGUGUGUGCUCUAUGGUACUCUAUCACACCUCUCUUAUAAGCAUUGUUUUGUUUAAGACAUUAUUAUGUACGUAUUCUAUGACCAAGCUACUACCCUGCAUUCAUUGCUCUUCUUCUCACUUUCAUUUUCAGAAAAAUAAUUUCCACAGUCAAAACUUUUUUUUUUUUUUUUUAAUUUUCACUGGCAAUGUUCCCUUGGCUUCUGACUUUCUUUAUCCUUCUUCUCAGAUUGAUUGCUGACUUUGCCAUAUCUCAUUCUCUCCAUGAACGACAAUUUAUAGCAGAACCUGCUCUGGUUCUAAAUGAGUGUAACGACACGUGUGGAGAGCUCAAAAUCCCAUUUCCAUUUCACUUGAACACUUCUUGUGGGGUGGUGGCCUCUAACACUAAUGCUUUUCAACUCACUUGUGUGAAUUCAACAACCCUUUUUCUCAACAUAGGCUCUCAAAAGUACAGAGUUGUUGAAUUUUACUCUGAUGGUUUACUAGUGAACUUUCCUGGACCUGGUUCCUCUUCAUGUCGUCAGUACAAUGAUCUCAACUCCUUUGGUUUUGAGGAAAACGACAACUAUGCAGUGUCUUCUGAAAAUGUCCUUGGGUUGUAUGAUUGUGAGGACUCUUCUUUGUGCAAAGCUGAAUGUGAAGCCAUUGACUUGCCUGGUUGUGAUGGAAGUGGGACUACUUCCCCUGCUUGUUGCUAUCCCUUGUCUGAUCACAGCGUUUGGCGUCUUGGAGACAAGUUUUCAGUGUUUUCCAAGUUUGGCUGCAGAGGAUUCUCCAGCUGGGUUGUUCUCAGAACCUCAACAAACUCGGCAAAGCGCGGGGUUAAGCUCGAAUGGGCGAUUCCAAAGAACUUGUCCAGUGCUGUUUGUGCUGCCAAUGCUUAUAUUGCUAAUGCCACGGCUGUCAAAGCAGGGGUGAGGUGUUUGUGUCAAGAUGGGUUUGUUGGAGAUGGUUUUGCUAAAGGGAAAGGGUGCUUAAUAUCAUGCAUCAAAGACAGGAAGGAAGUGUACGGAAAUGAGUGCAUCAACAAAAGACACGGUGACAAGAAACUUGUGAUUAUAGGUGGAGUUCUUUCAUCUGGUUUCAUUGUUGCCUCUUUCAUUGCACUCUUUUGCCUACUAAAACGUCCAGUGAAGCUCGACUCAUUUGACACCAACAAAUCUCAUUUCCAUGACAGUGUUUCAUUUCGAAAAGCUUGUACAACUCGGCUAUUCGCAUACCAUGAGCUAGAAGAAGCCACAAAAGGAUUCGAAGAGGCUAGAAAACUAGUAGAUGGUGCCAAUGGACCAAUGUACGCGGGUGUCCUUGCUGAUGGAUCACACAUUGCUGUCCACAAAAUACAAUGCGAAAAUGAAAGAGACUUAAUGCAAGUCCUGUCUCAAAUUGAGGUCUUAUCUGCUGUUCUACACCGUAACAUGGCUCGUCUUCUUGGCUGUUGUAUUGACUUAGCCUAUAUGCCAUUAGUAGUGUACGAGUACCCUUCAAAUGGCACUUUAGAAGAACAUUUACACCAAAAGAGAGAGCCAAAAACAGGUCUUGAAUGGCCAAAAAGACUCAAUAUUGCUGCUGAAACAGCUAACAUUCUUUCAUUCCUUCACUAUGAGAUCUCUCCUCCCAUAUUCCACCGUGAUAUCAAACCAGGUUCCAUCUUUCUAGAUGAAAACUUCUCAGUCAAGAUUGCGGGAUUCGGUGUUUUAUUCCCAACUCCCCGAGAUACACAAAAGAGCCAUGAAAAUUUCAAGUUUCAGAAGAAUGAUGUGUGUGAUUUAGGCAUAGUUCUUCUUCAAAUCAUUGCAGGGUCAAAUAAAUUGGAGUUAGUACCAAACGUGGCAUUACAGAAAAUAAGAACAGGGAAGCUAGAAGAGAUAGUUGAUCCAUUUCUUUACUACCAUGAAGAACCGAGUUGUGGUAGAGAACAGAUUGAGAUAGUUGCAGACUUGGCCACAAGAUGCUUGCUUUUUGGUGGGGAUGGUAAGCUUGGAAUGGUUGAUGUGGCUAGAGAAUUGGGACACAUAACAAGAUCUGAUGGAGUUGAUGGAGGUGGUUAUGGUGGUGGGAGUAAAAGAGUUCCUGCUUUGGAAGAAACUUUCUCAAACUCGAGCCUUCUUCAGAUGAUAUCUAUGUCUCCUGAUUCAAUACAUCUGCCUUGAUUAUCAAAAUGUUGUUUUCAAACAACCCAUUUCCCAUUUUGAUUAAGCAUGUCACAAAAUGUCUCAUUUGAAAAAAAUCCUAAAGGCAUUGAAAUGUAUGUAUAUGACCAAACUCUUUAUACUAGCUAAU